UCGUCGUGACGGGACAUUUUUCUUAUCUUCUACAACACAGUUCUAAUUCUUACUUACUCACAUCCAACUGUCUCACACCAAUUGCUCGUUCUCAUCCACAUGCAUACUUCGCAUCUCCCUGUCAAUUCUCUGCAUCCUUGUAGAGCUAUACACCACUGAACUCGUCCCUUACACUGCACUGUAUCAUGGCUUGGUCGCAGCUUGAGCCUACUGGGCCUCAUCUAACUUAUCUGUUUCUCUCACUCUUCCUCAUUGCCUAUGCCAUCUUCUCGGCUUUCAUUCGAAACCGUCUGCAUCUGUCAGAGCCUCCGCUUGCAACUCUGUUUGGGAUAGCGUGUGGUCCUAGGGGACUGGACAUUCUGAAGCCUCAUGCUUGGAGCUACGGCGAUAAUGUCGUUCAAGAGCUGACUCGUGUAGUCCUCGGCGUCGAGUGUUUCGCUAUUGGCGUGGAGCUUCCGCGUAUGUACAUGAGGAAGAACAUUCGCAGCCUCUCGAUGCUCCUUGGCCCGGUCAUGGCAUAUGGAUGGCUCAUAUGUGCUGUUUUUGUGGCGCUGCUCUUUGGAACCGACAUUCCUACCGCGCUCACAGUUGCUGCAUGCCUCACGCCGACUGAUCCAGUUCUGGCUUCCAGUAUCCUGGCCCAUUCGCAGUUUUCUGAGAGAGUCCCAAAGAGACUGAGACUUCUCCUACAAGCAGAGUCUGGAUGCAAUGAUGGCAUCUCAUUUCCUUUUCUUUAUGUUGGACUCAGUCUUCUUGUUCGAUUCACUAUCGGCGGUUUCUUCAAGAAGUGGUUGUUGAUAAGCAUCUUGUACCAGUGCAUCUUGGGUGUGAUUACAGGUCUCGUGGUUGGCUAUAUCUUCAACAAAAUAUUCCACUACGCCCGCAACACAUCACUCAUUGGUCGCGAGUCGUUUCUGGUCUCCUAUCUUCUCCUUGCCCUUUUCAGCGUCGGCCUUGCAAGCACUCUAGGCCUCGACGAUUUCCUGGUUGCCUUCAGUGCCGGCAUCGCCUUUUCCCGCGACGGCGUCUCCCCGAUUCAGGAGUCGCAGCUUUCACAGAUCAUCGAUCUGCUCCUAAACUCCACAAUGUUCAUCUUUUUCGGGACUAUCAUCCCUUGGGCGGACUUUACACUGGAUCCGAUCACUAUUCCGCGCCUUUUCGGUCUGCUAGUGCUCGUGCUGCUAUUUCGACGUAUUCCAGCCGUGCUGGUGCUCAAGCCAUGGAUUCCAAGCAUCAAGACGUGGUGGGAAGCUCUCUUCACCGGCCACUUCGGGCCCAUGGGGGUUGGGGCAUUGUUCCUGGCCAUGGAAGCUCGUGCGCAAUUGGAGACGGAUUCGUCCGUCCCACUGCCAUACCCACCCCACGACUUGCCGGAAGAUCAGCAACGGGCGAUAGACAUUGUCUGGCCGAUCAUCUGCUUUAUUGUGCUUGGCUCGACGAUGGUACAUGGCUUGUCUACACUAGCCAUCUCCUUGGGAGGACACUACGCAAGAAAGGAGGGCGAGAGAGCACCCUUGCUCGGCGGCGAGACGGAACGUCUUGCCGGCAUGGCCGACGAGAACGUCACCGACGACGAGUACUAACGUAUCGACAUGUAUGUAUGCAUAUAUUCAUUCAGCAAAAUAUAACA